AUGCCACCAAAAGCAAAACGAUCGAAAUCUCCCGGCUCUCAGUUUCUGUUCGUCAAUGAGGAUGCCUCGACCGUGACCCGGACCACCAAAGACGCUGAAUUGGAUAGAACAAAGCAAAGCCAUGUACAGCGUCAAAAUUUCGCUCGCAAACGCCGUCUGCGAGAACAAUCAGAAGCUGCCCCGCAAACAGCCAGCAGCCAGAGUUCACUGUCCUCCAGUCCUGCGGUGGCUGGUCCGUCGUCGUCUACAACCCAGGAUGCGCCUUCUCAAGGGGCAAGCUACUUCGACAUUAUACAGAACAUCGACCUUGAAGACCCUUUGUUCCAAUCGACGAGCCCUCAAGCCAUAGCACAUACACCCCUCGACCCUCAACUUUCCGCACUGUUCUCAGACCCUUUCACUUCCACGCCUGCGUCGCCUCCUAUUCCUUCACAACAUACCAAUGUUUUUGGCUCCUCUCACCCUUAUCGUCCUGGUCAAUACUUUGAUACUUCCUCCUCGAGCUACAAUCUCCCGCCACCGACCAGAAGCGUUGCCGGUGUUGUCAGUCCAUCGAUCCCGCUAGGAGGAGUUGCUAGCCCACCCACAAACGCUCAUCGCGCCUUGGAACAAUGGGCGCCGCCUUUAAUCAAGCAUUACAACACGAUUAUACUACCAGAGAAGUUCUGGAAAGACACCCAAAAGGUAUCUAUGGGUCAAUUCCGCCAUGCGCCCUCGAUCCACGCAGACAUGCAGGCUUGCAUGACAGAACCCGCACAUAUGUAUGCAUUUCUUGCCUCUGCUGCAGCUCAGAUGGUUGCUCGAGAAGGUAGACUGCUGUUACCGAACGUCUCUGAAGAAGAUAAUCAACGCAUUCCCGUGUUUUUCAAGACCAGAGCGGUACACGCCCUACAGACCAAACUUGCCACUGGACAAUUGGAUCAUCACACGGCGGUGGACCUCCAUCGGCUCUACGCUGCAGGGAUACACUCGGACAACUACGAGGCAGCCGAACCGCAUUUCCAAGCCCUACUCUCCAUGGUUGAUGCUCUUGGAGGCCUGAGCACCUUUGAUGAUUAUCAGCUGGAGAGGAUAUUCAUGCUGGACUGCAUUGCAGCGCUGAAGCGGCUCGGUGUUCCACGUCUUGUUGUCACUCUGGAUCCUGGCCCUUUACCGGAGGAGUUGUUGCUACGUAUCGAAUCUCAAAGCCAGCUGCCCUUUCAACCAGGGUCACUGCUCGAGAUCCUGGUGGAUACCUUCAGUGAAUGUCAGAUCUUGGCCGACAGUUUUGCUGACCUGAUUCAAGUCUUGAAAAUGUCGGCCUUCUUGGCUGCUUCACCUCACUAUGUCCACGAGUACUACAAGUGGUUCAAUUGGCGGACUCUGAUCAUUGUGCACAGACUUCUAUCGAUGCCCCUCCAUUGCGACCUGGACGACAAGGCUGACAGCGUGAGGAUUGCCACAGCCUACUGUGCUGUUCUUCUGCGCUCCCCAACCAUGGGCCGGCGAGCGGCAUGUACUUCGGUCAACUCCCUGCGUGCUAAGCUAGAAAGCACCGAUCUUGGGCUGCUGUGGCAGCCCCGCACUGAUUGUCUCCUCUGGGUAGCCGUGUUCGGAGGCGUCUGUUGCACCGGUGGAGAAGACUUGGAGUGGUUCGUGCACCUCGCAAGGACUGCGGCGACCGAAAUAGGAGUUGGCAAUGUGAGGGAGUUGGAAGACUUGCUGGUGGCAUACCUCUAUGAUCCCUAUUCCCAGCGGGAAUUGGUGCUCCGAUUCGCCGGUCGGAUUUGGCCCAGACGAGAUCCAUAA